UCAGGGGCUGCUUGAAAUCGGGGUUGAACGAUACAAGAGUAGGAGGCAAGAAUUGUUAAGUUCCCAAGGAAGAAUUGCAAAUUGUGAAUUUGAUUAACAGCAAGUGGGGGUGAUUGAGCUUCAUUUUCUCUGAUGAACUACUUACCUGCCUUCGUGCCACUUUUUCACCUUUUCCCAUUUGACAGAGAUGGAAAGUGCAUUUGCAGCAUCUGCGAUCAAGCUAACACUCCCACCAACAGCUCUGCGUGUGUGCCUGAAGGUCAAGGUUGUGGUACCCUUGAAUCUGAUAUACACAGGCCUGAAGUUAAUCCAGGUUUUGACAUGGUGGAGCCGGCUGUCCCUCCCACAGGCGCCAGUAGCAAUCCUCAUUGCAACAGAUCUUUACAGUCUUCUGAUGCAGUGCAAGCCAAUGCACAGUGCCAUGACGGUGUGGAGUGCACAGAAAAGCACAGAGUGAGCCCCAGAGAGUUGGAGUCGUCUGGAACAAAGUUGACAUACUCUUCAGGGGGCGUUUCUCUGCCACCAGUUGGGAGCACUGUCAUGAAUGAUACUAGAAAGCCUCCUUUAGGUUCCACACUGCCGGAUGUUGAAGUUUGUAUCUCAAGUUUUCAAAGAUCGUUCUCUACAGAGGACGUCACUGGGUCAGGUUGUGGCAGAGCUCAUGAGGGCCCAGGGAGAGUCCCAGCCGCACCUAACUGCCAGACUGUGCAGUUUAAUGAACAGGAGGCAGAAAAGUACCUUGUAGGAGCGGAAGGGGAUGUGGGCAGGAUUGGAGCAGUUAGUGUUGUUGAUUGCAGUGGGGUUGGCAAGGGUUCAGCAGAUGACGAUUGUGCAGUCGUACAGGUGGAUCUUGCAGGCUCACAGCUCUGUGCUAAAUCCGGACAGGAAAGGUGUGAUGACGGAGUUACACUGUGUUCAGAAGACUGCAACCUCUCCCUGAGUAGUGAUGGAGACAGGAGUGAAGAAAGUGGAAGUCGGCCAUCAGACAGCAAUAGGAAUGACAAGAACAACUGUUUGCUCGAGAGCUCUUCGAAGCAGAGGACAAGGUCAGAUGGUCCCUCUGCAGGUUGCCUAUAUGGCAAAAGUGAUCGUGAACAUUCUGCCAACAGGGAGCAUCCAGCUGAAGUGGGAGGAAAAGGUGCAAAUGCCUCAUUCGAUUGGCAGACGGUAGCAGGUGCAAAUCUUGUCAGUCAGUGUGCGGAAACUUGCCUGGGACACAGUAGUGACCAGGAUCAAGCUGUUGCUGGCAUGCAAACAGAAAUGAAAAAAGUGCAGGCUCACAUUGGAGAUGUCGGGAAGUGGACACGUCAUUCAGAAGGAUACUCUCAGGGAUGCGAGGAGGGAAGGAACCAUGAUCGUAAGGUAGAGGGUGGUGGGAAUGAUACAGCUGGACUGCCACACAGCACAAUGUUUGUGUCAGGGGUGGCACGGUCCUCGCCCAAGAUUGGUGGUGUUUCUAGCAUGAGAGGAGUAGUUGGAAGCGAGGGGGGGGAUGCAGAGGACAAGAGCACAAUAGUUGCCUCUGAAAAAGGUAUUGAAAAGCUCAGCAAUUCAGCCACAGAUAGAAACGCAGAUCCUUUGAUGGAUGGUGUUGAUGAGAGGGGCAAUGAUGUCGUACUUUUGAAGCCGAAACAAGAAGGAUGGGAUGCAACACAACACGACGCUCUGUCUGAAGCGAAGAGUGGCAAACUAGUUGAGGCCGGCCUAUCGGAUGUAGUGGAGGAGAAGACAUGGACUUUGGAUGCAAUGAACAUGGAGAGCACGGAAGAAGUUAUGGCCGCCUUUUGGGGCUGUUCCAUGGAGGACGGCAAUAGCUUCAUGAAAGGAGCUUUAGUUGAGGCUGCAAAUGUUAAUGAUUUUACAAAAGUUGAAGCCUUGGAGCCCGUGCCAUGUGGAGCUAUUGAUGUUCCCUUUGGAUUUGAGGAAGAAAAUACUGGUGCUGUGCAAGGAGCAUGUCGCCAAGCACUUGCCUCUGCAGCAAUUGGUCAGCCGUUGUCAUUGAUCAAAUCAGAAUGUAAGUCAAAUUUUGAGGAUAGGUGUCAUCAAGUGCAUCCAUCUUCAGAAGAAAGCUUGAGCUUCAGCAGCGGAAGCAGCGGAAGAGUCUUGGCGGGGCAUGCGGUGGGAGAUGAAUGCCUAUCAGGGGAUGCUGAACGCAAACAGCAGCAAACAAAGCAGGUGAUGAAGAUGGGAAGUGGGGGACGGGGGGUAGGGCAAAGGCCGACGAAGCUCAUCCCAGUUAGCAAAAGUGACUGUCAGUCUGUAAGAAGCAAGGAUGCAGUUGGGCUGAUGAGCAGAGGGCAAGGGUUUGAACCAGUGGAUGGUAUGAAGCCACCACACGGCGUCUACAUGCAUGUCAGGAAAGACAUCUCUACAGGUGAAACACAAGGCAGUGAUAAUAAGAUUGCACUUGGUCCAAGGACAGAAUCUGAGCAGCAAUGUGGAGACAAGCAGGGAGCAGUCUCAUCUCAUGCAUGCCAUCCUGCGGGUAGUGAUAAAUCAACAAUGACGAGGCUAACCAGUUGUGGGAGAGAAGUAAGAAGUGUAAUCCAUGACACACGCCAGGGUCACGUUGAGGUACGUAGAGACCACAGGAAGGGAAAAUGGGGUUUAUCCAGUAGGUCAGGGUAUACCACCCAUGAGGUGCGAGGCAUGGCGGCCCCUCCAGCACUACCCCCUCCACCACCACCACCGCUACCACCACCACCACCACCUCCACCACCACCUCCACCUGUUCCUCCACCGCCACCUCCUCCAUCUGUCAUGAUGCCACCUCCACAACCGGUUCCCAUCCCAGCAGUGGGAACAUCAGACGGAUUAUCGAAAUCAGUUCAAAAAGAUGCUGCCGGCCGAAUUUUGGGUCUAUGGGGUCUCCAAGGACUGCAGGCUUUGCAGGCCCUCCAAGCUCUGAAGACGCUGCAAGGGUUGCAAGGAUUGCAAGGAUUGCAAGGAUUGCAGGGCCUCCAAAACCUUCAGAUCCUUCACGGCCUGCAGAAACUGCAGGGGUUGCAGCAAGCUCUGAAGAGCAUGCAAGUGCUUCAAGGCCUGGAGGGGUUUCAACCUCUGCAGAACUUGCUACUCAAUCUGCAAGGAGGGAUGCAUGGCAUGCAUGGGCUUCAGGAUCUCGGGCUUCUGGGAGAUCUCCAGAGACUCCAGGCAUUGCAUGGUCUACAGGAGCUUCAAUCAUUGCUCCAAAGUGUCCAGGGAUUGCAGGCCUUGCAAGGAUUACAGGCUCUGCAGGAGCUACAGUCUCUACCUGUGCUCUUUGGAAAUGGCAUAUCGUUGUUGGAGAGGUUGGCCCAAGGCGUGAGCAGUGGGCGAGAGCCAAACACAGUUGGAGUCCCUCAGCUCAUGGGAGGAGGAAGUGGGCGUCGAGAGACAUUUCAGCCUCCGAAAUCCUUUUCCUUGACAAACACGUGUGCAUUCCCAUUCAUGGGAGGAGGAGGAGGAGGAAAUAGCGGAUGGCAAGAGGCCAGUGUUUCAGCCAAACCUGGCACAUCGCUACAGUUUCACAUGGAGAAUGCAAGGAUGGUGAACGGCCCCCUGCGAGGAGGGCCUUUCUCCGGCUGUCAGAGUGCUGCAGCCUCUGCCUUUGACCACUCUGCUGCACAUCACCCAAGGCAGCAGCAGGGGAUGAAGCCUCGGACUGUCGUGGAACAUCAACAAGGACAUGGCAUGGCUCUGCCUAAAGAUCAUAUCGGAAGUGGUUUUGGGGAUCAACCACAGAAGGAGUUGGCAGCUGUGGGAGUGAGCAUGCAACAGCCACGACACCAAUCUGAGCAGAAGACCGAGCGGCCGUGCUGGAGAGCUGGCGGAGAACCUCCCACAGUGUGGGAUAAAGUACCAGGGAGCCUUGGUAUGAGUCCAAAGGGCAUAUACGACUCCAGCAGACCAUCGCCAUCGAGGGUGAGUUCUAGCAGAGUCCCACAUGUGGGUCAGAUGACAAAGCUCCAAUCAUCCCUUGCCACUAGUGAGGACAGCAGAGAGGAGAACGAACCGGAGCCAUUGUGGACAGUUCACAGCAUUUGCAGGGAAGGCUCACAAAGCCCUUUGCUGGCAAGCUCAAGGGGGCAUCCUAUACCAGCAGCGGGGAGAGAACCAUCUAGCUUGAGUCCCCAGGGUCGGGUCCUCAUGGAUCCGCUCGUCCAGUCAUCAACGCGAUCCAUGCCUCUGCCAGCCAGGUUUGGAGUAAUGGAGACGGUGCCUUCUGAAGAUGAUCCUGGAAGCCGGAGCAAAAUAGUGUGUCCAGCACCACCAGGAUCAGAUGGUUCAACAAUUAACUGGGCAGCCCCCAGGCCACCUCCUCCUCCGCCGCCUCCUCCUCUAACCCCACCCCUACCUGUUCCUUCAUGUGUUGUCGAAUCUCCGGCAACACAUUCUCUUCCGUCUUCUCCUAGCAUUUCUGGGGUACCUUGUUCAGCACCUCAAAUAUUUCUGCAGCAGCCCAAGCUUACCACUGAUGAGCAGGUACCUCUAACCUCCCAAGCAGCCACACCGGGCUCUGGCGCUACAGGGUAUGAACCAGCACCACAUCAUGAGUUGAUCGCAGAUGCAAAACACCCGGCGCUUAUAUCAGGAGCACACGGAAAAUCAGCUGUGGGUCAUAACCAGUUCGGCAGUUCAACUAUGAUUCCAGUUCCAGCCACAUCCAUGAUAGCGGUGCGUCUGUCCAGUUCUGCCAGUGGGGGAAGCAUGUGGUCAGUGCCAGUCAAGGCAGAGGCUGUGCCUGCUAUCAAUGACAGGGGCAGAGUACUUCCAGGGGAAGAGAGUGGUACUGCAGAUGGCGGCUGGUGUUGUAAGUGUGAUCGUGUGGACGGGAUGAGUUGCUGUGUUUCAUGUGUUGGUAGGAGGUGGUCCAGGCUUUUAAGAGCUCAAGCUGAUGCUGAAUCUGGCAGCCUUCAUGACAACCUAUUUUUCAGCGACAGCGGAUAUGAUGAAGCCCUACUGCUUCCCAGCCUUGUGGAUAUCUACCCAAUCCAUGGACACGGGGAAUUGGUCAACCACCUGUAUGGUUCAAGGCUAAGGCUGAUCAGGGACCAAGGGGGCAGGAGUCCAACCCGUGACGUGGAGGAGACGUCGCCAAAGGUUGAGAAAGAGGAAAUGAUUCCAAGGUGGUUGGAGGGAAAGAGAUUUGUGGAGGGUGCGCAGGUUUUGAACUCUGAACAGCACUGUGAGAGUUCAGCCCCAUCCCUUUGUGCAUCAGAAGCAGGGAGAGACAUGCAUGACAGGAAAUGCAGCUCCAUCAGUAGAGAUACUAAGCAGGGCACUAGCUCAGGGGUCACAUGGUGUGGAAAACAACAAGGAAUUCUGUCUCAAGCUGAUGGAGAGGAGAGCACUUGUGAUUCGCAAAGGAAGGCACAACUUGCAUGUGACGUGGAGCUUGGUUUGCAAACGAAAGCUGAUGUGCCAGCAUCAGUGUAUAUAAGACAGGGCACAAUGAUUGGUGGCAUAAAGGGCAGAACAAUGCAACAACGUCAGGGGGAUUUUGCAAGUGUGUUGCCACCACCAUCAUCAUCGCAACACGAGCAGGGUGCUAGCUCUGGGACGACAUGUUGUGGAAAACAAAAGGCAGGUCUGAGCCAAGUUGAUGGAGACAAGAGUGUUUAUCAUUCAUCGAGGGAGACAUAUAUUACAUGUGACCCGGGGGUCAGUUUUCAAAAGAAAGCGAAUGUGUGGUCACCAGGGUGUACAAAUGAGGGCACAGUGGCUAGUUUGACGAAGGGCAGAACAACGCUACAAGGCCAGGGACAUGUUGCAUGCGCGCUGCCACAGCCAUCAUCAUCACAAGAGGGGCUUCCCGAAGAUGUCCAUGACCAGCACACUAGAAGGAGCCCUGACAGAGGUGUUCAUUCUCAGGCUGAAGAUCGAUGCCGAAGUGAAUGUAAAGAGGAUUGUACUGCCGACGUAGAUGUUGACGGAUGUGAUUUACAAGAUGCGCCUCAGCAGUUGGCAGGUUUUCAUCCAAGCGGGAUCACUUGCGGUGCUGAUUCAUCUCAGUCUGCGAAGGGGGAUCAUGAAGUUGAUGAUGACGGCUUCGGGAAUCUCAGAAGGAAUGUUGAAAGUAUUGUAACCACCGGGCAUAAUCUAGCAAAUGGCAGUGUGAGCAGGAAGAGAGCAAGACCAAUGACUGGGGAUUGCACGAGAGUGGGCAAAAAGCCGCAGGUGAGAGAAAUUGAUGAUGAAUUGUGCACAAGCAAGGAAGACAACAGAGGAGAAGCGGAUGAGACCAGGGAUGGAAGGGCACGUUGGCCACCAGCUGAUACCGACAGAGUAGUUGAUGAGUGUAUUGGAGGGGUUGCUAAGCCAGUCGUAUCUGAAUAUCCCAAAUGCAGAGUCGGCGAUAUGGAUCUUUCACAACGGAACCCUUGUCCUCCGGGGCUGGCGAAUAGUGGGCAAUGGACAAGCGGGGUUGAAAGAAUGGAGCUGGGGAAAUGUGACGAUGGACAGGCUGAGUAUAAAGGAGAAGGGGAAACUGGUCAUACUGGAAAAGUUUCUGGGGAUGCCAAGCAGGUCGAGUUGCGACAGACAUGGCAGCUUCUGGAUGCCGCUGAUGUGACGCAGGACGAUAAGACAAGGAGUGACCCAGAGAUGGUAUCAGGGGAGCAAAGUAGAGAACGUUGGUACGAACCUUGCAGUGAUGACUUGCAGGCCAUAAUACCUUCACAAAAUGCAGAGGUGGCAGCUGCACCGGCAGAGAACGACAACGUGAAGAAUAUGGAGAGGGUUGACGGCAGAAUGACACAAAGUAUGGGUUUUGAGGGUAAUGUUAGGAUCCUGCCAGAGAUGGGAGAGAGGGGAGCUCCAGCGAAGGCUGUGACUGAAGGUUCGACAAGGGAGAAGGGUAGGAAAGAAGAGGGACAACAGGGGUUAGUGGCAACUGAAGGAACGCCACUGUCUUACACUUCUGGUAGUCCUCGUGGAGAGGCGGGGAAGGGGGCGCUCCCGAGUGUCAGAGAUGAGAAGACAUGUCAUGUGGGAAAUGGGACAUGUGCUACACAGAGUCCCCACAUGGGAGAAGGCAUGUCAAAGAUGGUGGGAGAUGACAUGUCAAAGACAGUCAGUGAAGGCAGAGAUGAUUCUAACAGAGCAGGCAGCAACCAAGCUGUUGAUUGGGUCAAGGGUGUCGAGUUCAAGGGGAAUGUUGUUCAAAAGGGUGACGAAUCUGAUCAGACUCAUGGGAAGCAUUCUUUGGAAAAUGGAUACAGAAAUGAGGAAAGCCAACAGAGGAAGAUUAAGAGGGAGCUCUCCUUCGCAGAAUUUGAGGCAGGUGCAGCGAACGGCACCGGGGUUGAUACAAGGGUACACAGCCGGGCUGAUCCUCGCAGCUGUUUGCUUUGCAGGAGAGGAGCAGGGCGUUUUGGUAGGUUUCUUUAUGCGGGGCCCAACUCUUGGAUCCAUGCUGGUUGCAUCGUUUGGGCUGGUGGCGUUGAGCGACUGGAGCAUGGAGAACUUGUGCAUGUUGCUGAAGCGAUUGCUGCAGCCAAGAGGCAGAUCUGCAGCAAAUGCCAUCAGAAUGGUGCCAGUCUGCAGUGCCAGUCCCGGGAGUGUCAGUGCCGGCUCCACUUGCCAUGUUCCCAGGAAGAUGCUCACCCUCCAUUCUUGCACCAGGGGAAAUUCAUUUGUGCAAAACAUGCGACUGAUGGCCAGCUGGCGGGUGCAAGCCGUAUAGUGGAAGAUACCUUGACCUUUCCUUUCUGCUUGUACGUCAGCCCAGUUGAUUCCAGUAGCAGGUGGGUAAGUGAGGCAUCGGUUUCCCCUUUGGAGUCGCAGCUGGCACAAGCACAUGCAUCUUUUGGCCCUGACUGGCAUGGUUGUGUGAAGAAUGAUGGUGGUAAUGCAGAUGGCGGCGUCUCCAGUCAGCAUGGAGAUACAGAUGCAAUACCUCGAGCGACCUGUGGCUUUGAUCGUUGCGACGAAUUCCCUGUCAAUGGCGGUGGUGAUAACGAUUUUAGAAGUACAGGGAGAGAUUGGGAUGACUGUGUUUGUUCUGCCAAACUCCUCUGGGAUGGGCAUGGUCGUCGUCAGCAAGGAAGCAAGAACUGUUCCAAUGGGGGAGACUGCUCGUCUGUCGGUAAACAAGGGGCUCUGGGGCAUUGGCUGAGGAUUGGCACAAUUUCUGUUAGACGGCGAGGAAAUGCAGCUGGUCGUGGGAGGACCAGCCCCUCCAAGGGAUGCAUUUUUCCUGUGGGGGGCCAUUUGGCGUUCCGAGUCCACUGGAGCACGAGAGAGGUUGGUCAAAGGUGUGUAUAUGUGCUCGAAGUUCAGGAAUCGGAUGAUGGCAGCCAGCCGCUGUUCUGCAUCAGAGCAGUGUGGGAGUGGGAGAGGGGGGGUGCCAGUGGGAGAUGGAUGGGAAGUAGCACAGCAACUGCUUGUGCACGGGUGCCGUGUGCCGGGGAGGAAGGGCAAGACAGAAUAUUGUCAUGUAGCGAGGCAGGUGCCGCAAACCUAGAUGAGAAGAUGCUGGCACCAGCAGAACUGGGCUACGCAUCACCGCGGAAGGUUUCUGCAGCAGUCAAUGAUGAUUACACGCCAAUCCUGGCAUCAAGUGCGGAAGAGGCAUGGGUGGUGCUUGAGAAUAGGGUCUGGGAACUGAGAAGAUCAUGUGGCCUCCACUGGGUCCGCCAGAAUCCCUGCAACAAUGUACCAGUACAAUCGGGGAAGGAAAGCGAGCAGGGAAGCAGCCUUAUGCAGAAUGAGGGUGUACAUCGUGGAAGGAGGGGUCUGUCAACAUCAAGAUGGAAUGGCGGGCGGCAGGUUCAUUACGGUGCGUGUAUUUUUGGCAUGCAUGGAGACGAGGUGAUCAGCAGUUUUCGACAACUUGGGUGGGGGGAUGAGUUCUUGCUUUGCCGAUUUGGUGACCGCGACAGGAAGCAUGGCAGCAACUCAAGCGGGUGUGCACGGACAGAGGCAUACUGCGGUCGUGGAAUUGGUAGAAGCGGAAUCGAUAUUACCGCCCGCAUGGCUGCCAUCAAGGUUGCAUGUUUGCAGGAGGAUCCUUUGCUGCGCAGCGCAGGAGCGCCCACGCCCAAUCCAGGGGUUGCUGCAUUGCCAGCCCCCCCAUCAAGGUCUCAUGACGUGGAUACCAUAUGCGAAGCGCCUCUUGCAAUCCGGUACAGAACAAUGAGGAAUAUGGUGAAGAAGAGAGUGUCGGUGGGUGCCAGCGAGAUUCAUGGCCGGGGCUUGUUUGCAGAGACACCUUUUUCAUUCAAUGAAAUGGUGAUCGAGUAUGUUGGCGAGCUUGUGCGCCCCAAAAUUUCAGAUAUGAGGGAGAAGCGUUAUCAACAGCAGGGGCUGGGGUGCUACUUCUUCGGUCUGCCAAAGGGCAAGGAUGGCACAGACGACUUUGUACUGGAUGCAACGCGUAAAGGAAAUGCUGCGCGGCAUCUGAACCAUUCGUGUAACAGCAACUGCUGCGCUCGAGCGUGUCUGAUCAACGGCCAACGCAAGCUACUCAUCUUCGCCAAGCGCUUCAUCCAAAAAGGGGAGGAACUAACUCUAAACUACAUGUUUGUCCCAAACCUUAAGGAAGAAGAGAAGGUACCCUGUCUCUGCGGCGAUGCGCAGUGCCGUGGUUACCUUAAUUAACCGUGGAAUGUGUGGUCAUAAUGCCGAUUACUCAGCUUGGCCAAGCAAGCGCUUCAUCCAAAACGGGGAGGAAUGCACAUUUCUAAACCUUAAGGAAAAAAAGAGAGGGUGCCAUCUCUCUGUGGUUACGCGCAGUGGCGCAGCUACGUUCACCAACCAGUCCAGUGGGUGGUGCACCCCUUUGGCCCCCCCCACUCACUCACUCACUCACUCACCCUUGUCCUGCCUGCUCAGCUAGCUGUACUCGUUCGGGACUAGAUGCACUGCAUAGGAGUCAAACUUGAACAUACAGCCGGUGUGCGCAGCGAUGCUCCACCUUUUUGUGGCAUGACGUGUCGUCAUCACUAAAGCGUAAGUGAACGACGUGGGGUUUUCAACUUUUCACAAAGUUUUCAGAGAUUUGAAAAAAAAAAAUGGGGAAGUGGACGUGGUUGAUGCUGACCGUCCUUCACUCUCCUCUUUUGGGUUUUGAAUUGUUGAUGUCAUCCAAACAGUACUUGGUUGACUCAGCCAAAUUGGCACAAGAGCUCGUGGCCCCCAUU